GGAGCUGGUUAACACUGACACGGCUGGCUGGUUUUAAUAGGGAGGUAGCGGAGAGAGGGCGAGGUACAGCACACAGCACAGCCGACACCUGCAAACACUUGACUGGACUCGUACAGAGAAGCAGCGCGUCUGACUCUGGAAUACUAACGGAUUUGCUCCUCAUGAUAUUAUGAAAGAUGACAGUGCGACUGCAAUUGGGAAAGUUUUUCUGAGCUCCGCGUUAAUUCUCAAAGAGUGACCGGUUAAUGAACGCAAGCUAGUACUUUAACUGCGCCGACUGGAAACUUUGGCAACUGAGAAAGAACGAAGAAACAACCUACAAGCCUGCAAACAAAUGUACAUUGACGCGUUUAGGUGUGUUUUGUGACUGUUUUGUUCGCAUCGGACAGCUGCGUGCCACGGAAUGUAACAUCUUCCAUCUUAAGUUACCUGGACAAGAAAUCUCGGUGGGUUAACUGCUGCUGUCAUUAUCAUGAUCACGAUGCAAACCCUGCUCCUCAUCCUGAGCUUAUGUGUCUGGGGUUGUCAUGGCAAUGCCCGCACAACACCCCGAGUGCACCUGUCAUAUAAAGAGUUACUGGAGACAAAAACCAUAAGGCCGUUCAGUUUCUCGUUCAACACCAGCGACUACAGAAUCCUGCAUAUGGACCAAGACCAAGGCCGGCUCUACCUGGGCAGCUGUGAAUAUCUGGUCUCCCUAGACAUGCAAAAUGUCAACAAAGAACCUCUUAUUAUUCACUGGCCAGCAACAGUACAAAGAAAAGGGGAGUGUAAAUUAACUGGUAAAGGUGGACAGGGAGAGUGUGCUAACUUUGUGCGUCUGAUUGAGCCGUGGAACAGGACUCACCUGUACACCUGCGGCACAGGAGCUUAUAAACCCAUCUGCACCUUCAUCAACAGAGGCUGGAGAGCUGAGGAAUACCUGUUCCGGCUGGUUCCUGGUUAUGUGGACUCUGGAAAAGGAAAGUCUCCUUACGAUCCCCGCCAGGAGAACGCAGCAGCUUUGAUAAAUGGGAACCUGUAUGCUGGAGUACAUGUGGACUUUAUGGGUACAGAUCCAGCCAUCUUCAGAACCUUGGGAGACCGUCCCGCUGUCAGAACCGAGCAGUAUGACUCCCGAUGGCUGAAUGAGCCUGUGUUUAUAAAAAUCCAGAAGAUUCCAGACAGUGCAGAGAGGAAUGAUGAUAAGCUUUACUUCUUCUUUCGGGAGAAGAGUUUAGAUGCUUCGGGGGGCAGCGCUCCGAGUGUUCUCGCGAGAGUAGGCCGAGUCUGUCUGAAUGAUGAUGGAGGUCAGAGGUCAUUGGUGAAUAAGUGGACAACGUUCCUCAAAGCACGACUGGUCUGUUCUGUGAUUGGUGCAGAUGGUGUUGAGACUUACUUUGAUGAACUGAGGGAUGUUUUCAUCCAGAGGACCCAUGAUGAACGGAACCCCAUUGUGUAUGCUGUGUUCUCCACAGCUGGCUCUGUGUUUAAAGGCUCUGCCGUGUGCGUGUACUCCAUGGCAGACAUCAGAAAUGUCUUCAAUGGACCCUUCUCUCACAAACACGGUCACAACUACCAGUGGACACCUUAUACUGGCAAAAUCCCUUACCCUCGCCCAGGGACUUGUCCUGGAGGAACCUUCACCCCCGAUCUCCACACCACUAAAGCCUUCUCUGACGAGGCUGUAAACUUUGUACGCGCCCAUCCACUGAUGUAUCAACCUAUAUAUCCAAUACACAAGCGCCCGCUGGUGGUCAGGACUGGAGUUGACUACCGUUUCACCACUAUUGCUGUGGACCUGGUGGAUGCUGUGGAUGGAAGAUACGAGGUGCUCUUCCUGGGCACAGAUCGUGGAACAGUCCAGAAGGUGAUUGUCUUACCAAAAGACAUCAGCACAACAGAAGAGCUCAUUUUGGAAGAGGUUGAGGUUUUUAAGACUCCAGCUGCGGUCAAAACUCUGAAGAUUUCUUCUAAAAGGCAACAGUUGUACGUGUCUUCAGAAAGGGGUCUUACCCAGGUGUCCCUGCACAGGUGUGCCGUUUAUGGCAAGGCCUGUUCAGACUGCUGCCUGGCCCGCGACCCCUACUGUGCCUGGGAUGGAGAAUACUGCUCUGCUUUCACCCCGGCUACCAAGAGGAGAAGCAGAAGGCAAGAUAUCAAACACGGAGAUCCUCUACGGCAGUGCAGAGGAUUUAAUGCUAAAGUAGAGAAGCGUCUGAGGGAGACGGUGCAGUUUGGGGUUGAGGGGAGCAGCACAUUCCUGGAGUGCCAGCCAAGAUCCCCGCAGGCCUCCGUCAAAUGGCUCUACCAGAAGGAUGGCAAACGAAAAGCACUCAGUCGAGAUAAAGAUGUCUUGAAGACCGGUCAUGGCAUCCUGCUGAAGUCACUCACCCAAUCGGAUGCCGGCCUUUACCACUGCCUGGCAACCGAGAACAACUUCAAACACACCGUGGCGCGCAUCUCCCUACGGAUCCUGGACCGAGAGAUUGUGGAGGCGCUGACUGAGACGGACGUCCUGAUCGAACCAGAGCACCGCCGCCACCAUUCCCAUCACCACCCUCCACCGCCGCCCCCUCCCCCUCAGACCAACCCACCUGCUCUCCAGCUCCACCCACAGCCUGAAGUGCGUCUCAUCAACCAGUACUGCCAGUCCUACAGGCAGCAGAUACAAAGCCAGCCACACAAAGCCAAACGCAACAACCGCAGGCACACGGGAGAACAGGAAGAGGAGGAGCUACAGGAGCAGUGAAUGGAACAGCACCUGGGACCCUGUUGACCAUGUCCCGUCCAUGUGCCCCAUCAUUAUGUUCUUCCUCUCGGUCCAUUUAAUAAAUAACAUUAGAUGUAUCAGACUGUGUCUGAACUAGAUUGAUUUUCGUUUUGAGGUACAGUUUGAUGCACUUACUUCCCCUAUCUAAUAUAAAUCUGGCUGUGAUGUGCUCACUUCCAUAGCUAGCAUUAAACUACACAGUUUUCCAAAGGAAUUCCUUAAAACGUCCAGCCAUACCAGCAAAACUACUGCUGUUUUAUGUUAAACAUAAGCUAUUCCAUUCUAAUAUUCAGUACACCAAUGACUGCAGUGUAAAUAAUCAGAAACAUUUGAAAACAUGUACUUUGUAGAGGCUUCAAAAGGUGUUUGGGGUGAAAUUGAAAGAUCGCUGAUUCAGUCAGUCGUCUUUAAACCCCCAGACCGUAAAAUACAGUUGUGGACGGAAUAUUUUGGAGCAUUUUAAGAUGGUUCGAUGUACGUAUCUGCGCGCUACAAUUAUAGCACAAUAUAUCUUGCCAUCAUUUUGACCACUAAAGCUUUUACUUUUCUUGGCAUUUGCAAUUGUUUAUAGAGUUUUCUGUAGUAAAGUCCUUGUUUUUCUGUAGUAAACAGGUCAAUUUGUAUGGACAACUAGAAGUGACAAUUAAAAUGAAAAUGAAUAUAAUAUGAAAAUAUUCAUUUAAAAUUAAAAUUAAAUAAUAAAUUCUUAAAAUGGAAAGUGUCACUUCUAGUCCUCCGUACAUUUGAGCUUUAAUUUUAGUCUUGAUCCAUAACAGAAAUUUGAAAUCUUAGAACUGUGAAAGUUUCUAUCAAAAUUUAUAUUUCAGUAUUAUUCAAGUUUUUCAGGAAAAAAAAUAUAAAAAACUACAGAUAGAUAGAGAAUUGAAAAUCAUUGCAAUAACAAUAUUGGAUGUUAGAUUAAAAAUACAUUUAAAAAAUGUUUUACAUUUCGAAUAUGUGGAUUGUAAAACAAAAUAUUUAUCUAAUAUUAAAAAUAUUAUAUUUUUUUGUCAUGGAACAAGCAGUUCUUUGCAACAUGAUUGGAUCAUUGCCCUGGAAAUUUAAAUGUUUUAUUUGGACAAGACUGUGGACCAAAAUGACGAAAAAUAAAAGUUGUUUAUAGGGAUUAUGCAUCAGAAUUUCUCCUGUGUGAUCAAUGAAACCAGACGUAGAUAGCUAUUGAUAUGCACUUCACAUUUCAAUUUUGAUUGCAACCAAAAUACAAGUCCGUUAUCUUCUUUUGUCGUCUUGUGAAACAAAUGCUUGUCCCCAACUACUAUGAGCGAAGGGAUCUUCCCUGAUUUGAACUGCUGUAUAUAGAUACAGUUUUUCAGUCUGGUCUCUUCUAUCUUUGACUCUGGACUCUGAUGAUAGUCAGACCACUAAAAACAUUCUCACUCUCAAUCCAUCGAAUUGAUACAUUUUGUAUUCCACGGUUUGUCAAUGGUGAUAUGUGGUCAUGUUUUUUGCUCGUGUAUGAACACAGUAUCUGUGCUUUGUGUUGUGUGACAAUGACACAUGUACAUAGAAAAUGUAUGUAUUCGACAAGUCACUGGUCAGGAUUAAAAACCAACCUCCUCUCUUUCCUCAUCUGUCAUGUGACCCUCUGUCACAACAUAUUUAUUGUGAGAGUGUACAUAUUCAUGUGAGUUGUGCUCUUUGGUGGUGGAACAGGGCUGGUUUUGAUGGAAAAUGUCAUUGUAUUGUAUUGUUUAUUAACAGGACCAGGACACAUAGAGAGAUGCUGAGGAGAAAGAGGUAGAUGUUUUUGAAGAAACUAUAGUCCGUUAACCUGUAGACAUAUAUAUAUAUUUUAACAUUUGAAACCUUUAAAUUAACCUUGGGAUUCUCAAGAAAAAAAUAUGGGCAAAAAUUAUUUCUUUUUAGCAGUUGGCGUGAAAUAUUUCAUAUUUGCAGUGUGUUUUAAGCCAGAAAUGUCUACCUCUUCAAGCACUUUCUAUGGAAUAUCACUUGACACCAAACUAAAGGACAAAAGCAAGGGAAACAUGUUGUGUAAUUUUCUUCUGAAAACAUACUUUGUCUAGCCCACUAGUGUCAUUUUUUGAAAGGAUAAGAGACUGUUUCUCUUCUUUGGAUGUUGGAGGAAUAUUUGUAAUGACUGUGUAUAAAAAGCGCUUAAAGAAACGCUCUGUGGUUUUAACCCGAGACAUGUUAUCUGGUCUUAAAGGGUGGAGAACAUAUUCUAGAGUCCAAACCACACUUCUUUCCUCUCCACAGAGAUGUUAUUGUGCAGAAUGACAUCUGACACAACUUCUCUGAAGAACUGUAAUGCCACAUAGACUUUCUUUGUCCUGUUGUGUCUUUCCUUUGGUGUUGAGCUAAAGAAAAACUUCCUAAAUAUGGUUGCUUCCUAAAUACUUCCUCUUUGUAUUUACCGAUGUUUGUGUAGGUUCAUGUUAAUGUGAUUGUUUGUGAUAAAUAUUAUUUUAUUAUCAUGGUAUUCUGGGAUUUGGGAGUCCUAAUAGGUGUUUUUUAAAGCAAUAACAAUAAACUGCUGUUUUUGUUUUUA